CACGCUUUAUUCUCUUAGUAUUGCGACACGUCCGUCAGUUUGUUUUCCAGUUCUGUGUCGUUCGGACUAGAGUUUACCGAUUUAUUAGGUUGGGACAAAAAUGGUGUUGACGUUGUACAAGAAGGAUACUAGCCCACCGAGUCGAGCUGUACUCAUGACAAUCCACGCACUACAAAUUCCUGAUGUGAAACUCAUCAAUGUGCAUUUACCAGACGGAGAGCAAUUCACCGAAGAAUAUCUAAAAAUGAAUCCACAACAUACAGUUCCCAUGUUAAAGGACGACGAUUUUAUUAUAUGGGACAGUCACGCAAUCUGCGGUUACCUGGUUUCAAAAUACGGUAAUGAUGACAGUCUUUACCCAACGGAUCCCAAAAAGAGAGCAAGCGUGGACCAAAGACUGCACUUUGACAGUGGAGUCCUCUUCAAUACACUAAAAGCUACAGUUGCACCAGUAUUAUAUACGGAUGAUAAAGAUUUCAGACCAGAAAACUUGGCAAAGUUUAAGGAGUGCUACGAUUUUAUGGAGAAGUUCCUCACUAAGAGCUGGCUGGCUGGUGAUGAAGUUACCAUUGCUGAUAUCUGCUGCGUGUCAACUAUAAGCUCCAUGAAUGAAAUAGUUCCCAUUGAUGAUAAACAGUAUCCAAAAUUGACUGAUUGGUGGCGAAAAUGUUCCGAACAAGAGUUCUACAAAAAAGGGAAUGCUCCUAACAUCUUGUUAUUCCGCGAACUGAUAAAAAACAAACUCGCAGAAAAACAGAGAACUGUCUAGAAAUUUGUCGAUUUGUGUUGUAAAAAAGUUUACCUAAUAAAACAAACUUCAAUAAUAGACAAACCUUUUACUCCUUUAACUUUAUUUUAAUGAGGCAAAAGGUAUUUUAUGA